UAUUUCGCCCUCACGCUUGCUAAAACCUAUCGAGUCUUGUAAAUCCGUAAUGGCUUAGUGUUUUUGUUUAAAAUUUAUUCCCUAGAAGGCUCUUCUUUAACAUAAAUCGUGUCGAAUCCCACGUGAAACCCCAAUCAGGUGUCCAGCUGUCUUCCUCCGGCUAUUCUGCGAAGCAAUCAUGAAUGUCUGCCGCCUGUGCCUCUCGAAGGACGCCAACUUUCCUGUUUUCGGGACUGGCACGGCUGCCCUGCGGAUAAUGUCCUGCACUUCGCUGGACAUCGAGCCCGGUGACGGUCUGCCGCAGCACAUAUGCACCGCCUGCCGUCUGCGCCUGGAGGAGAUGCACUGCUUCCGUCGCCGCUGCCAGGUAGCCGAUCGGCGUUUGAGGCGCCACAAGGCGAUGCUGCGGCAGGGGGUCAAAUCGAAUCUGGGGGAGGUGGCGGAGGAACUCGAUGCCCUGCAGGAUGUGGCCGGAUGCAACAGCACGGCCUGUUCUGAGAACAACGCCCAGUGGCGCCAGCAGUCUGCCCAGCACAUUCGCACCGAGUUGGAUGCCUACAAAAAGGAGCUCCUCACCACCUGCAAACAGGCUGUGCGGGCAGAAAUCGAACUGGAGCUCCGGGCGGAACUGGAGGAGGUCAUCCUGGCCGAGGCCAAGCAGCAUCUGCGUCUGAGCGUCCUGGACGACUUGUUCUACGAGCUGGAGAGCUACUUUGUGCGCAAGCGCAACGAGACUGCCGGCGAACAGGUCCACUGCACUGGGAGCAUGGCUUCCGGAUCCAAUUUAAGGAUUGGCUCGAAUACUCAUAUGGCUUCAGACCAGUCCGAUGGCUUUUAUGAAUCAGUGGCAGGCGAGGACCAAGAGGAAACCAACGAUGUCGGCGUGGUGGAGGUACUGGACGACGAACCCGAGCCCAGCAAUCAGCAAGCUUCCUCUUCUUCUGUCGCCGUUCCCAUGGUCGAAAUCAACAUGAACGACCCGCAUCUUAGCCAUUUGCGGGAGGAGUUCAACAGGGAUGCCUUUCUCAGUAAACAAAAAUCCGCCAAGAAGGUUGUAAAAAGACAGGGGCGUUCUCGCGUGAAAGUGCGUUUUCUAAGCCCGAGGGAGAAGACAGAGAAACUCUGCCUGAAGCACGGGUGCUUGGCGAGAAGGUACUCCCACACGAGCAACUACGAACCCACCAAAUGUGUGCGCUGCCGUCUCAAAAUAGCGGAAAAGCUCAAUAGCUCAGUAUCGUAAUUGUUUUACCAAUAGACUUGCAAACUGUUAGAAUUACGUGCCCUUUGUACUUUGUAUCGUGCCUAUAUUUAUAAACAUUUUUUUUGCUCGUACAUGUUUCUUGACGAAAAUAGUUUAAUGAUGAUAUUCAUUAUAUUCUAGCAUUCUAGAUGUUUGCAAUAAAACUAGGUUGUAAGGUCUGGAUAUUCCUAAUAUAA